AUGAAAGUCGCUCUUAUUUUCGGCAUCACCGGUCAAGAUGGGUCGUACCUGAGUGAGCUGUUAUUGGAGAAGGGGUACAUCGUACAUGGGGUCAUUCGCAGGUGUAGCUCAUUUAACACCAAAAGAAUAGAUCACAUUUUUGAGCACCUCAAUUUGCAUUAUGGAGAUGUCCUAGACAGCAGUAAUAUUUGCAAACUGAUAAAUAAAAUAAAGCCAAAAGAAAUUUACAAUUUAGCUGCACAGAGCCAUGUAAAGGUCAGUUUCGAAUUGCCCGUCUACACAGCCGAAACGACCGCACUAGGAACAUUACGCAUAUUGGAAGCAAUAAAAAUUUCUAACGUACCUAAUGUAAAGUUUUAUAAUGCUUCUACAUCUGAGUUGUAUGGAUGCUGCAAUGAUCAUGUGCAAAAUGAAUCCACUCCUUUUAAUCCUGUGUCGCCUUACGCAAUUGCAAAAUUGUAUUCUCAUUACAUAACGAUAUGUUACAGGAAGUCCUACCAAAUGUUCUGUGUGAAUGGCAUUCUAUUUAAUCAUGAGAGCCCAAGGAGAGGAGAAACGUUUGUUACCCGGAAAAUUACCAAAGGGGUAGCAAAUAUUUGCAAAAAUAAACAAGAUGUUAUAGUAUUGGGGGAUCUAUCUACCUACCGAGAUUGGGGGCAUGCAAAGGAUUAUGUCCGUGCUAUGUAUUUAAUGCUACAACAGGAUGAGGCUAACGACUUCGUUAUAAGCUCAAAUGAAAAACAUACGGUGAAGGAAUUUUGUGAAAUUUCUUUUUCCUUCGUUGGCAUUUUCCUAAAAUGGAAAGGAACAGGACUUCAAGAGAUAGGGGUCGAUGAAAACGAUCGUGUUCUUAUUAGAAAAGACUCCAAAUAUUAUCGAGAGUGUGAUGUCUUCCAUUUACAUGGCGAUUCUUCUAAGGCUCGUGAAGUUCUCCAGUGGGCUCCGACGUACUCCUUCUUCGAACUCAUUUAUGAGAUGCUCAGAUAUGAUUUUGAGCAGUGCAGUUUGCCCAUUGAUAAUUUUGAUACGUGUGUUCGCAGGUAUGAGCUUUACCGGAAUGCGCCUAAGGCGUAG